AUGACGCUGCACCUCCAAGCUUCCGGCGGCGAGUACUGGCCACCUUCUCCCGGUCUGGACGGGCAAGAUCCUUCAUCUCUCGCAAACUGUAUCCUAGAGUCUAUGGAUCUGGAGACUGAACGUACUACCGGUAGCCGUGGAAGCAUCAACUUUGUCUCUGCACCCGAGUUCUCCUCGGAUCCUGUGACGCCUGCGGAGGACAUACCCGCCGCGUUCCCAGAGAGUGAGGUUUCUCAUGUGGACCUGCACGACUGGUAUUCCCGGCACCAGGCCUGCUUGCGCUUCUUCCUGGACCAGAGUCAGCACACGAUCCCGGUACAGUCAGUAGCGGCGUUCGUCAACAUUCGACUUCCGUGCCAGCGAGUACCAAAUCCGGUCAUGAACGUCGGAACCCCCGCAAGUCCUUCAGCUGCAGCUACAGUCUCGUCCAGGUCCUACAUCCGACGGCUCAUCGUGACCGGCCAGGAUACGCCAGCGAUUUUGCGGAUGUUUUUCGGCGAUGACUGGCUGGCGGGGGUGGGAUGCGUGUGGAGGCAGGAAAGACUGAACUAUUUGUUUGCUGCCAAGAGCGACGGCUGGGCAUCAACUAAGACGGCGUAUGACAUCCUUCCGGACGAACAUACCCCAUUUCUACGACCGCUGCGCGAAGCAACGGAGGAGGAGCUGGAUAUGGCCGAGACUCGGUGGAGUGAGUGGUUGGCGAUGGAGGAUUGGAUGCUGGGAUCGCGAAGUCCAUGGUGA